AGAUAUUAAAGAUGGACAAAUUUAUUAAAACAUACUCUGUAUAUUAAUGUGUUGAUAUAAUCAUAACAUUGGACUAACCAAUCUACUGUAUAAAUCGUGUAUUACAUGUUGAUAAUGUGAACGAAGCUUAAGAAACGUAACAAUAAAUUCGACGCCGGACAAUAAUACGAACAGAACCUAAUUGACAGUGGUAUGACGUGAUGAGAUUUGAAAUUUCGGUUUAUCAUUAAAUUGUCAUUGACUAUUACCGAUCAUUGAAUUAUAUUCAUAUCAUUUCAAUCUAAAAUUAUAUUUGAUUGUAUUAAAUGAAUUCAUAUCGUAAUGGCAUACGCUUAAAUAUUUCAUGCAACACGACAUUGAUCAUGACAUUGUAAUAUGACGUUCAUUGUUUAUUCAAUUAUUCAUUUAAUUUCUAAUGUAUUUUUAUUAUUAUAAUUAGUAAGUAUAUAAAAUGUAUAUACGUGAUUAAUAAAAAUAAUUAUACAUGACUUCUGCGGAAUACUUUAUCAGUUUGAUAACAGUGGCAAGUGCAAAAAAAUUGGCUACAGCACUUGUCGUUUGUUUUAUACUUUAUCAUGGCGUGAUACAUCUUAUUUAUGGUAGCGAUUCUUGUAAAUGGUUAUUAACAGAAGGAAGAUACAAGGGAGAUAAAGAAUGGCAACCGUACGGUUGUAUGAUGCAUCAUUAUACACAAACAGAUAGUAGAACGUGCAUGAGAUAUUUGGCUUUCAUGAAACAUCAUAAUCAUUUUGUAUUUACCGGUGAUGCUAGGAUAAGACAAAUUUAUAAAUCAUUCGUAUCGCAAUUCGUAAUAGAUGGUAAAGCAUCUGAUCUCACAGAAUUGCCAGAAAAUUCAGAUUUAAGUUUUAACGAUGCACAAUUAAAAUUACAAGUGCAGUUCCUAUGGAGACCAAAAUUGGAUAACACUAUGAUAGAAGAUUUCAGACAUUGGAUGAAUGACGAAACGAUGCCUAGUUUAAUAAUUGCAGGCUGUGCUGCUGCUGAUAUUCUUGCUAAUAAUAUUAGCGAAACGCAAUUAUAUUCCGAUUACAGUAUGGGUCUUGUAAGAUUAAUACAGCCAGCAGAUACUUUAGCUAACAAAGGUUCACAAGUUUUAUGGGUAAUGCAAGAUCCUGUAGUGAAAGAAAGAUUACCUGCCCAAUUAUCGGUUAUAGACAAUGCACAAAUUAAUCUGUGUAAUAAGGCAGCUGUAGAAAUUUUUUCUCAUAGUAAUGUACACUUGUGGGAAAGUAGUAGACUCGUUGGUGCAGGAGUACUGGAACAAAGUCCAGAUGGUUAUUUAGCCAGUCCAUUAUCCUUACGUCACAAAGUUCAAAUAUUAUUGAACACAUAUUGUAACAAUCAUAUGAACUUUGGUGAUGGGAGUUGUUGUAGCUAUCCAGAAUCAGCUACAACUUUACAAUUAUUAACUUUAUCUAUUCUAGCGAUAUGUAUAAUAAUUGGUGGGAGUGUUUGGUUGUACAGAAGAUUCUGCCAGCAACGAUCGGAAGUUUCAUACUCAAAUGUAGCUAUAGAAGAAACCCGAGAUACGGAAGAAACUGAAUCUUCUGAAACUGCGCAAUUAGAAUCUUCCGAAGCUGUACAAAUAGAGCAACCUCCUCAAGUGCAAGACUGUUAUAGCUUAAGCACAUCUUUGGCUAUUUUAUCUAUUAUAUUAGCAUACUUUUAUUUAUGCGACAGAACGAAUUUCUUCAUGAAGGAGAAUAAAUAUUACAGCGAGUUUAGUUUUUGGCUACCACUUGGAUAUAUCUUAGCUCUUGGAUUAUUUUUUACUGAGCACUGUGAAAGAGGACCAAAUGCAUUAAAUAGGGAACAGACUGACGAAUGGAGAGGCUUAAUGCAAGCAGUAGUGCUUAUAUAUCAUGUUACUGGUGCCAAAAAUGUAUUACCAAUUUACAUGUAUUUAAGAUUAAUUAAUUCUGCAUAUUUAUUCUUAUCUGGAUACGGACACUUUUGCUAUUUUUGGCAAACAGGUGAUGUUUCACUCGUCAGAUUUGCCAGGGUCAUGUUCAGAUAUAAUUUAUUAACUGUGACAUUAUGCUUAUGCAUGAAUAGACCAUAUCAGUUUUAUCAUUUUGUACCGUUAGUUUCAUUUUGGUUUUUGGUUAUUUACUUUUUGGCGUGGCUACCUCCAAGAGUAUAUUCCGGAAGUUUGGCCGAAUAUGGUCCAAGAACGUUGCUUUAUCUUGCAUUAAAAUUAUUGGGCUUAGUAUCAAUAAUUACAGUAUUAUAUAUGUCAGAGGUUUUCUUUGAGAAAGUCUUUGUAACGCGACCUUGGAAAGCAUUAUUCGUUACAACCGACGAUGAUAUACGAGAAUGGUGGUCACGGUGGCGAGUUGAUAGAUAUAGUGUUGUAUGGGGUGUUACAUUUGGUGCUGCACUUGUAGCUCUGCAAAGAAUAGAUCAUAUACCAGGAACAGCAUUAUCUUCAGUAUUGGCACUAAUUUCUUUAGUAGCUUACACCACAUUUACAAUACUAUGCUAUUCAGUAUCAGAAUGCGAAGAGAUACAUUCCUACGUAGCCUUUAUACCUAUCGUAGGCUAUAUUGUACUUCGUAAUGCUUCAUUAGCACUGCGUGGAAAACAUUCCGUCCUACUAGCUGGAUUAGGUAGGAUUAGCUUGGAAACAUUAGUAGGCCAAGGUCACAUAUGGUUAGCUGCAGAUUCACAUGGUGUAUUGGUCCUACUACCUAGGUUUCCAGUAUUAAAUCUUUUAAUUACUUCAUUUAUCUUCAUAUGUGCAAGUCAUGAAAUACAUAGAUUGACAAUUAUGUUGGUACCUUAUGCGGUACCAAAUGACUGGAGAAAAGUAGCUCGGAAUUUGUUAUUAUUUAUUGCUGUGCUAGUACCUAUUGGAAUACACGAUGGAAUGUUUUGAAUGUAAUUACAAUUAUAUUUUCCAUUGAAGAUUUGAAAUUAUUCAGUAUCUGAAUACAAAUUUGAAUUUGAAACAAUGGUACAAUUUUACUAGUGCGUCCAGCUAACUUAGAAUCCAAGUGUUUGUACCAAAAAUGACAAAAAAUACCAACGGACAUGCCACUCA